AUGGCGAGUAACCUUCUUCAAACUCCAGUCCUACAUGCAGGCACGAUUCCUUUUUCUCGGCCUCCAACUCCUGGAGUACACCCUCUUCAAAUCGGCUUCUGUGGUCUUGGGGCCAUGGGCUAUUUCAUGGCCCGAAAUCUAGCUAACUCCCGCAAAUCUCAAUCAUCGCCCCUCCUCGUGUAUAACAGGACUGUGACAAAAUCUCAGAAACUCCUCGCAGAACUGGGCGCAUCCACCGUCAAAGUCGCCGAUACUCUCGGCCAGCUGGCUACGGAGUGCGAUGUUAUCUUCACUUGUCUCGUGAAUGAUGCUGUGGUAACGAGUGUCUAUAACGAGUUUGCAAAAGCUCUCGUCCAAUCACCUCCAACCAAGGCCAAAAUAUUUGUUGAAAUGAGUACAAAUUAUCCUGCGCUAGCUGGCGAUCUUGACAGACUGCUGUCGAGCUUUCCGCAUACCCGUUUCAUCACGUCACCUAUCUUCGGACCUCCCCCAGCGGCAGAUAAGGCUACGCUUGUUAUUGCCAUGAGUGGAGACUACCGGUCCAAGAAGGAAGUCGCCUUUCUCCUUGUCCCUGCAGUAGGCCGCAAAGUGAUCGACCUUGGAGAGAAUGUAGAAAAAGCUUCGACGUUAAAGUUGAUCGGUAAUGGUAAUCUCGCCGCUGCCCUGGAACUCCUCGCCGAAACCCUGACACUUGGAGAAAAGUCUGGCAUUGGGCAGCAGGCUGUAUACGAUCUUAUCACAGAUAUCAUGCCAGCACCAGGGUUGCUAGCAUAUGGCAACAAGAUGAUCAACGACUCGUUUGAUGGCUCCGUAGGCUUUGCUAUGGAUGGUGGAAUCAAAGACUCUUCCCACGUCCUUCGCCUGUCCGCGGAGCUGAAUUGCCCGAUGCCUGCAGUUAGUAACGCACAUCGGAGUAUGAUUACUACACGAGCCAUACACCAAGCACAAGUUGCCUCAGGGACACAGCAGUGGGACAUCAUCGACGAGAGCGCGUUGAUUGCGAGCAGUCGAGUUGCGGCUGGAUUGAAUCCAUUUGACAGCAAGAAGGGAACAGGAGUUGUACGAGAAGACUGA